AACCAGCCAACAAAUAUGGAGGCCACAGUCUAAGUAGAAACUCGUUAACUAAUUUUCAAUACUCUCCCAAAAUGAUACGUCAAAACCUUUACACAACAAGAAACCGAACAUAGACUUUGUAAAGGGAAAAUUCUUGUCAAAACUUCCUCUCUCUCUCUCUCUCUGCAGAAGACAAAACUGCUUAAAGGCCAUGGGAGAAGAAGUAGAGCCACAAGAGACACCGCUGUUACAGAAACAGGCAGCAGAAACUGCUCUCGAAAGAACUGGGACAUUAUGGACCGCAGUAGCACAUAUAAUAACAGGGGUGAUAGGCUCAGGAGUGCUGUCACUAGCUUGGAGCAUGGCGCAGUUAGGGUGGAUUGCAGGUCCAUUAACGAUGAUGUGUUUUGCAUUGGUUACCCUUCUUUCUACUUACCUUCUCUGCGACUGUUAUCGCUUCCCUCAUCCUGAACUUGGUCCUUCACGAAAUCGCUCUUACCUUCAAGCUGUUGAUGUCAGUUUAGGGAAAAAGGCUUCUUGGAUAUGUGGCAUCUUUGUAGAAUUAAGUUUAUAUGGGACAGGAAUUGCUUAUACCAUUACAUCUGCUAUCAGCAUGAGGGCGAUUAGGAAAUCGAACUGUUACCACAAAGAAGGGCAUAGCGCUGCCUGUGAAUUUUCAGACACUUCAUAUAUGCUAAUAUUUGGAGCUUUUCAAAUUAUAGUGUCCCAGAUACCAGAUUUCCAUAACAUGGAAUGGCUAUCAAUCCUUGCUGCAGUCAUGUCCUUCACAUACUCCUCCAUAGGAUUUGGACUUGGCCUUGCACAAGUUAUAGAGAAUGGAUAUGCAAUGGGUAGCAUUACAGGAGUGUCUGCUUCUAGUGCAGCAGAUAAAGUGUGGAAUAUAUCUCAAGCACUUGGGGAUAUCGCAUUUGCAUAUCCAUAUUCCCUAAUUCUUCUUGAAAUACAGGAUACAUUGAAAUCACCUCCAACGGAAAAUGAGACCAUGAGGAAAGCAUCCACAAUAGCACUAGUUGUCACAACGUUUUUCUAUCUAUGUUGUGGAGCCUUCGGAUAUGCAGCUUUUGGAGAAGAUACACCUGGAAAUCUCUUGACAGGAUUCGGAUUUUAUGAACCCUAUUGGCUUAUUGACUUUGCUAAUGCUUGUAUAGUGCUUCAUCUAGUUGGAGGUUAUCAGGUCUACAGCCAGCCUGUAUUUGCAACAAUCGAGAAAUGGUUUGCAGAGAGGCAUCCGGCCAGCAGAUUUAUAAACAAUAACUACAGCUUGAAACUCCCAUUGUUGCCAGCUUUCGGGUUAAACGCCUUCAGGAUAUGCUUCCGAACCCUAUAUGUAGUGUCGACAACCGCAAUCUCAAUGAUCUUUCCUUACUUCAACCAGAUGGGCAGAAUUCCAUGUUGUGAGAAGGAUAACGUAAAAAGGGGACAAUGGACACCUGAAGAAGACAACAAACUUUCUUCCUAUAUCGCCCAACAUGGAACCCGCAACUGGCGGCUUAUCCCCAAGAAUGCCGGUCUCCAAAGAUGCGGGAAGAGUUGCAGGCUGCGAUGGACAAAUUAUCUUCGUCCUGAUCUCAAGCACGGCCAAUUCACCGAUGCUGAAGAACAAACCAUUGUCAAGUUUCAUUCCGUUCUUGGCAACAGAUGGUCAGCAAUUGCAGCUCAGCUUCCUGGACGGACAGACAAUGAUGUCAAGAAUCACUGGAAUACUAAGCUGAAAAAGAAGCUUUCAGGUAUGGGUAUUGAUCCUGUCACACACAAGCCCUUCUCACACCUCAUGGCUGAGAUCGCCACCACGCUAGCAGCGCCACAGGUGGUUCACCUUGCAGAUGCAGCUCUAGGUUGCUUCAAGGAUGAAAUGCUUCACCUCCUCACUAAAAAGCGAAUCGACUUCCAGUUGCAACAGCCAAACUCCAAUGUGGCACCGGGGAACGCCUCAUCACCUUACAUAGUUGGUAAACACGACGAGAAUGAUGAUACUAUUGAGAAAAUCAAGCUUGGUUUAUCAAGAGCUAUGCAAGAACCUGGUAUGCUACCCCAAAACAAGACCUGGGACUCUACAGGUGCAACAUCUGCAAAUUUUGCAGGGGACUGCAGUGGUUUCCCUGCAUCAAUCAGCGGAUUUCAAUGCAGGCCAGCUUUCGGCAACGAAGGGGCUGUAUCACCAUGGAGCCAGAGUAUGUGCACUGGAAGCACAUGCACAGCCGGAGAUCAACAAGGUCGGUUGCAUGAAAAACUAGAGGUUGAGAAUGGUGAGGAAUCUGAAGGUGGAAAAGAGAUUAGGAACAGCUCCAGUAUAUUUAAUACAGACUGUGUAUUAUGGGAUUUACCCUCUGAUGACUUGAUGAAUCCUAUAGUUUAAGCACUUUACAUGACAGAGAGGAGGCAAAGACAAGGCACCCUACUUACCAAGUAACAAUAAAACUUCUUAUUGCAAUGACAAAUGAAGCAAAUGUAAAUAAAACUUCAUUUCUAGAUUAUACAAUAUGAAAUCAAGAAUUACACUAUUUCCUGCUAA